AUGAAUCAAAAUUUCCAAGGUGCGCCCGACAGGGAGGAUAUCAGGCUAUUAGAUCAGCUUCGCAGUCAGUUGAUGCCGAUGAUCAAGACUAUGGAUCGCCUGCAGGCGGAGAUGCAGUUCAAGAUGAGUCGCGGCGAGGUCGUAGAUUGGCCACAAAUCCACCGAACAACACAGUUGGUAACCUCCUACCUAAACUCAAUACAUCUCCUCAUAAACGGUGGCUACCGUCACCAAUCUAAACUCGUCACUCAAAAACACCGUGUCCCCUCAAAGGACGCUGCCGGUAACCCCAUGGUCGACAGCGCUGGCAAUGCAAUUCUCGUUGAGCGCGACGUCCGCCGGAGAAUGACAAGCAUACAGGCCCUUCCUACCAACACGUCAAAAUUCGAGGCUCUGCAUCCAUUUCCCAACCCUUCGUUUCCAAUGAAUGCAGGGGGCGGCAUGGCAGCAGGUAUGGCGGGUACCUUGCUACGAAAGAGGCUAGAGCCCAUGGAGGAAGGUUGGGUAGAAGAGCGCAUCCGCAAAGCAUCAGGAUGGUGCUUCGUACCCGAAGAAUGGGGCAUUGAACCCCGGAAAUCUGACGCAGCAACCACGACCAAGCAAGACGCAGCCGAAGACGAAAACGACGAAGAUGAAGUCCCGGAGUCGGAACGUCUAGAUUCUGAAGCCAUACCCACUACUCGCGUCAAAAACCCGCUCUCUGCAGACGAAAUUGUCGAUCUGUGGAAACAUGCGCAUCAAGAAGUCUUUGAUCAGAAGUAUCUUAGACAGAGAUACCCGGCUAGUUACCCUGACCCGGGUGCUCAGGAUGCGGGUGAAGGCGAGGAAGACGAGGAGGAAGGCGAUGAGGAAGACGAGGAAGAGGAAGAAGAGUUUGAAGAUGUCAUGGAUACUUCUGGUGGAGCGGAAACAGAAGAGAAGAAUGUUGCGAAACCAAAGGUGGUAAGGAAGAAGGUCACGGUAGGAAAGCUGCCAGUACAUGAACCGGUAGAUGGUGUACCGGUGCUUUCGCUUGGGUUCGCGCAUAAGUUUUCAGAGAUUGGUGAGGUGUAG